ACACACACUGCACCUUUUUCACCCAGGCUGCAUUGAGGUCACGAGCGGCGGGUCGUUGCGUUGCCUCCCCCUACAAGCAACGUAACAAAUACUCAGCAAUAAUCCUUGGGAUACAUGUACCCUCGCACACAUGUCCUCUGACCGGUUUGGUAAUGACAAAUCCUUGUGUUGCACGUGUGCUCCUUCUAGCUGCGAUGACACUGUCACAGGCAGCAGGAUUCUUGGUGCUCCUCCUGGUAAUACAGCCGUGUCUACAGAAUCAGACUUACAGAGAGUCUGUGAGUUCAUUCUUUGAGAUGGGAAUAUCAUCUAAUACAACACUUAACGAACCGGUGUGUACAAAAGCGUCACACAUUAAUGCCAGAGAAAAACGAGCGGUUCCAAUGAGUUCGUUUGAUUACAUAUUACAAGUUGUUAUCAACACCUCUGACCCGCGGAGCCUCCGAGCGCUUGUGAGCAACCUCAGACCUCCUCUACUGGUUAACACAUCCUUUGAAAUUACCAGCAUCAACACCACAACAGUGUGUUCACCGAUUGAGGAAGCAUACCAGUGCAGAUGUGAGGAGAGCUACGCUUGGUCAUCUAACCACUGCGUUAACCAAAAUGCGUGCGAUGACAUCAUCGGUGGCACGUGUGGAUGCCUUAGCGCCCUUCCAGCUGACGGCCAGCACUAUUUGAUCCAAUCCGUUAUCCAAAAUCCUAAUGGAUUACUUUUGAAAAACCGGGCCCUGGUGUAG